AUGGCCGCCCUCGCGAAACUUGCCGCCGUGCGGCUUCCCCUUGGCGCGACAGUCGUUCAGCAGGUCGCAAGGCUCGUCGCCUCGAGGGCCGCCGCGCCGCCGCCGGCCGGCCCGCUGGAGGCGGCCGCGCACAGCGCCGUGCUGUUCCUGUGCAACCUCGCGGUCUGCGGGCCGCGCUCAGCCUGCGACGCGGCGCUGCGCACACCAGGCCUGCUCGAAGCGCUCGCCACGUGUGCGCGUGGGCGCGGCUCGGAGCCGUGGCUGGCGCAGGCCGCGGUGGCGGCGCUGCAGAACCUUGUAGCAAACCCCCAGCUCGGCGACUUCGACACGGCCGCUGUCGCCGUUGUCGCCGACCACCCAGGCAUGCUGCAAGCGCUCGCCAAGCGGCUCGACGAUGCGUCGCGCGAGACGCCCGGCGCGCUAGACGACACGAUGCGCCAGGUCACGUUCCGGGCCGGCCACGAUCCGUACGAUCCCUCCAGCCAGAUGAUGUACGCGGCACCGCAGCCGCUGAUGCUGCUCAUUUCACUGGUCGACAACGGCCGUGCGGCCACUGUCGCGCGCGCGCGUUGCGCGCUGGACGCUGCCUCGCGCUGCUUGCGCAGGGGCUCGCCGCUUUUCAAGACUGGGGCCGCCGAGCUGAUUGGGCGGCUGUGCGCCAACCGAGAGGCUGCAGCCGAGGUGCUGCUGCUGCGCCCAGACCUUCAAAGUGCUGCGCUGCUUUCAGAAGCCGCGUACCGCACCCACUUUGACGCCGCUCGCCUGCGCGGCCACCUCGCGUCCGUGCGGGCGCUGCUGUCGGAGGCGGACGUGGGGGAAUUGACAGUGCACACCGCCGGCCACCAGCGCUACGUGGUGAGUCACGGCCCCGGCGCCGUGUACGUGGCGUUUCAGGGGACGCAGCAUGUCGGCGACUGGGCGGCCAACCUGAGGUGUUGGCACCUGCCCCUCUGGCGGCGCGGCGACGGGCAGCAGCAUCCGUCGGCGCAUGGGGGAUUCUGCCGCCGCUCCAUGGCGCUGCCGCUGGCGGAGCUGCGCGAUUCGGCGCGCGCGGCCGGCAAGCGGCUAGUGCUGUGCGGCCACUCCUUGGGGGGCGCGGUCGCGAUGCUGGGGGCGGUCUCGCUGCUCAGAGAGGAGUCGGCCGCUCAGCGCGCCGCGGGCGGCGGCUGGGGCGGUGACGGGAGCGGCGAGGGCGGCGGCGGCGGCGCGGCGGCGCGGGACCCGCAGAUCCGCUGCAUCUCGUUCGCUGCGCCGCCGGUUGGCAACGAGGCGCUCGCGCGGGAGGUCGCAGCGGCGGGGUGGGACCAGUACAUAUCCAACUUCGUGCUGCCAGGUGGGCGGGGGCACGCGGCUGCACGCGUGCAAGCGGCGACGCACGCGGCGGCUGGUGAUUGCCGUCGCAGGCUGCUGCGACUGCAGCGCCCUCGCGGCGCAACUGGUGGUGAUGUGGGUGGUGCAGCCGGCCCCUGA